CCAUCCUGAAAAAAAAAAACUUGUCGUCAAUGUUGACAUUUCCCAUUCAGUCAGUAACAGUCAUUCUCAACCAAAAUGUAUUGACAACGAGUAAUCGUAACAGAGGAUUCAAAAAGAUUUCAUAAAUUAAACUUGUCAAUGAAACAGGCCACUACCGUCCGGGUCACGAAACAUGUCGGCUAGCAGGUUAGACGCUGUGUACAGGAGUAUACUUCUAACCAAGUUUUUUACUAAAGGAUGGGGUAAACCGGAGAACUUACGAAGGUUAUUUGAGUUCAGAAAAGUGGUAUCAAAUCGCGACGAAUGCUUCAAAUUAGUUGAAAGGGACUACCCUGUUACGAUUACGAAGCAUCAAACACUAUCAGAUUGCCAAAUCUUUGAAGGCUACUUCAUAACUCCUUUGGAGCGGUACCUGCCCGGAAUAGUGCCAAAAAUAGCACAAAAAGCCCAUUUCCAAGCCCUUCUGCCCAUCCAUUGGCCCGAUAAACAUUGCAAACCAGUAUGCCUACAUCUAGCCGGUACAGGAGACCAUUUUUUUUGGCGACGACGCAAUCUGAUGGUGAAGCCGCUGCUGAAGGAAGCCGGCAUCGGUGGUAUUAUACUAGAGAACCCGUUCUAUGGACUGCGCAAGCCGACUGACCAAGUUCGUUCUUCGCUGCACAACGUAUCGGACAUAUUCGUGAUGGGCGGCUGUUUGAUCCUAGAGUCGCUGGUGCUGUUUCACUGGUGCGAGCGAAACGGUCUCGGACCGCUCGGCGUCACCGGACUCUCUAUGGGCGGGCAUAUGGCGUCAUUGGCAGCUACAAAUUGGCCGAAACCUCUCGUACUAGUCCCAUGUCUCUCGUGGUCAACCGCAUCCGCAGUAUUUUUACAGGGUGUAAUGUCGCAUUCGAUAAACUGGGACCUUCUAGAGGACCAGUACUUAUCGGACGGCGAGUACAGAGAGAAACUAUCGAAAAUGGUGACAAUAGUCGACGAGGCGUUUUUAGCCGGCAAGAAGUUCGCACGUACUUACUCACAAACCAUGGAAAUACCUCAAGAGAAACCAGACAAAAAUCAUACAGAGAAAAAACAAUUAGACAUAACAUACAAAGAAAACCGAAUGCCAGAUAAUAUAGUAGAUAUGCACAAGAGUGAUACAGAAAUCAGCAAAGAGUCUAGAAACUUCCAUAAGAGCCAAAUCGAGAAUAUACACGAAGAAUUGAGAAAUUUGUUGCAUGAAAAUAAAAUUAGUUUAGAAUUGUAUAAUAAGUUGACGUCGAACGAGAAGUUUGUGUUGGAGCCCGCUGACAUCGACGCCAUCAACAACAUGAGCGAGCCACGGAUCAAGGAAGUCUUGUUAAAGUGUAAAGUUGCCGACCUUCAAGAGCUAGUGGUGACGAUACAAAAACAAUCUGAACAGAAAGAUAAGCUUCAGAACGCAUUAAUAAAUGCAAAUUCACAUCAAAACGUAAUCGAAACACCGAAAUCUUCAGAACACGACCUAACAACCUUACACCAACCAAAGAAAGAAAUAAUCAAAAAACCAGAAAGGUCGUGGAACUUAUCGGAAAUCACAUCAGACUUAUGGAUAAACUAUUUGCCGUUCUUAAGGUCGAGCAAUAAAAGUGGGAAGAAGAUAGAUAUAAGCAAAAUCCAUUGGAGGGACAGAGAGACGUUACAGUUUAUGAGAGGGAUCAUGGACGAAUGUACGCAUCUUAGCAAUUUCUCCGUACCUUUCGACACGUCUUUGAUUAUUGCUGUAUGUGCAAAACACGAUGCGUACGUGCCUCGUGAAGACGUCGGCACGUUGGAAGAGAUCUGGCCCGGGGCUGAGGUGCGCUACGUGGACGCCGGCCACGUGUCCGCCUACAUACUACACCAGUCAUUAUUCAGAGCCUGCAUAAAAGAAGCAUUCGAACGAUCUAAGAAAAGAUGGCAUGACGGCGCGCAUAUCAACUGACAAUAGCUUUUACCUAGCACUAGUAUGACGUUCCUUUACAUUAAGAUAAACAAAGUAAGCUCAAUCAUUCACUCAGGCAUUAGUUACCAUACUAAUAUCCUGUCAGGACUGAAAAGGGGCGGGGUUUUGAUAUACCCCACCCCCUAUAAGCAGCAAUGUCGAUAAAAUGGUGCAAUAAGUAUAAUAGAAGUUUGGUGCUUGACCACAUCCCCUUUUUUGUAUAUACAAUAUUGCCUUUUGACAGUGCCAUGUUGUUGAAUUUAGCACAAUUUUAACGUAUAGCAAUACACGCGAACUCCCUAACUUUUAUUCGAAGUGGAAGUUUGUGAUAUUUUAAUAUCUUCGAACAUUCAUGUAUGUGGGGAUCGAGGUUUAUCAAGCUACAUCUUACAUGGCUUGAUUCGUUCGAUUCCCGUGAACAGUUAGCACAAAGUAACUGGGCAUGGAGUUUACCGUCCAGGACUUUAAAAUCUACACUCAAAUAACAUAUUUUAACUAAUCUUAUAUCAGUGUUUAAGCGAUUCUGAUAUUUAUUUUCGAUGAUGCAAUAGUCAAAUUCCUAUAACGUUUACUAUAAGCGAAGGUUGUUAAAAUUGUAAUGUGAUUUCUGUGUCCUAGCUUAAUGUUUUAAUGAAACAAUGGAGUACAAAUUACUAUUUUCGAGUGCGUAUUGUUUAGAUGGUAAUUUCCAGUGACGCAACGCUUUUUUAGAGUUAUUUAUUGUAGACGACUCUCGGUGUAAAUAAGGACAAAUUAUAUAUUUCU